AUGUCAGAUUCGCGCGUUGAAACAGGCCUCCAAGCUUUGAUCCUGUGUGGCCCUGGAACAUCGUUUGAUACGUUGCUCAAGCCAGAGAAAAGUCCGAAAUGUCUGACCUUGGUUGCUAACCGACCAAUGAUAUACUAUCCGAUGAAUCUCUGUAAAAGACUCGGAAUCACAGAUGUCACCUUGAUUGCAUUUUCAUCGGCAGUCAACCUCAUCAAGACUACUUUGAAGCAGGAUCCCUCGUUGAGUUCUUUUACCUUCACGAAGAUUCUUGCGCCUGCAGAUCUCGAGGCAGAAACAUCAACUGCACGUAUACUCUGUCUUCCUGAAGUCCAGGAUUGCAUAAGGAGUAGCUUUCUUCUUCUUCCAUGUGAUCUUGUCUGUGAGCUCGAUGGCCAGCACUUGCUAAAUCCGUGGGGCUUUUUGCGAUCUCAAGAUCUACGGGAGUUCAAUGGAGGUGUUGGUUUCUACUAUCAAACAGAGUCAGGUAUUAAAGAUGAAGUCUCGGACCUUAUAGCUGUGGCCCCACUUGAACAGGGUGAGAUGCCUGGAGCAGCGAAAUACAAGUUAUCGAGGCUAGUUAUGUCCAUGGGGAUGGAUGCUAGCAAGGCAAAGAUGGAGGACGAAAAGGCGUUUCUCCUUCGACAUUCUCUGUCAAGGAAAUAUCGAAGAAUCAAGAUCAUGACUGACUAUCGUGAUGCACAUCUCUAUUUCUUCCCUCGCUGGGUGAAACAUCUAGUCAGGCGCCAGGAAAGAAUAUCCUCAAUCAAGGAAGACCUCGUCAGCCUUUGGGCCAAAGCUCAAUGGCAGCAAGGUCUAGCCGAAAAGAUGGGAAUGGCCAAUUGUCGAGGCCACCAUAGUUCACGCCAAUGGACUGAUUGUGAGGCCGUGAGCUGCGCCGUUUGCCAACAGCCACAAAACGGCUUGCCAGACCCCGGAAUCGUCCAGCCAGUGGAAAUGCCCCCUUUUCUGGCAUGUACUCUGGAAGGGUCCGCAAAGAUGUUUCGUCGUGUCGAUAGCCCUGCUCUCCUCUUAUCUACAUCUCUGCGUCUCGCCAAGCUCGAAUCCAUUGAAGAUGCCGAAGAUGCGAGCAUGAUCUCUCCACUUGCUCAUUCACACAAGAUUGCCUCUCCUGAUUGCGUGGCUAAUCGUUCUUAUAUCUCGAGGAAUGACUGCUUGCUUGCGCCAAGUGUGGUGGUUGAGAAAGGCUGCUCUAUCAAGGAAACUUGUAUAGGGCCGGGCUCGAAUAUAUGCAACGGUGCUCGACUCACUCGGUGUGUUGUGCUUGGUAAUGUCACUAUCGGCCCUCGUUGCGUCCUGGUCGGUUGUGUCAUUGGGAGUCGGAGCUCGGUCGGCAGUGGCUCAGUGCUCAAUGGGUGCGAGGUUCAAGAGGAUUUUGAGGUACCAGAGAGAACAGAGGCCAAGAAUGAGAUCUUCAGACCUCUUCUGGAGGAUCUUCUAGGGGAUAUGUAG